AUGCCGUCCCCCCUUUGGCGACCUCGGCCACGAAAGCCGCCGUCGCCUCUCGUCGAAGACGAAUUCGAGUCGCUCUCCCAUGAAUUGGGCGGGCUUUCACUUCUGGGCGAGAAGCCUGGAGUCGAAGGGGUGUGCGAGAGAGGGACAAUUGAUCAAUAUCCGAUCCUCGUGGACAUUGAGACGGUGCCACCGCCUCGAGCAGCGUCAGCCGACUCCAACACAUCGCAGCAGCCUUCUCUCACGAGCAAGUCCUCGAAGGAGACGCUGGGUCCUCCAACACCGCCGCCUCCUGAGAACAGGUCUCCUCCGUUGCGUCCGGGUUCAUCCAACUCACAGUCCAAAAAUCACACCUCCAAAACCUCCACCAAGGACAAGCAGGACAGUCGGGCCCAUGCCGCAUCGUCGAGCGCUUCCUCACGCACCACUUCGGUCAGCCGGAACGGCACUGGAGAUGCUGUCAGCCAGCCUAAAAGAGGACGGCCCGAGGAUACCGAGUCACCACGGUCCUCGAAAAGACCCACGGUGGCUGAGCUGAUAGAAAUGAAACUCAAGCAUCGCAGGGAGCUCCAGUCCGCCAAACAAGCGCAGGAGAAGCCACAAGAACAGAUGCGUCCAGCAGUCUCUUCUGCGUCGGCUCCCCAGUCCCCGGUCCACAAACCAGGCAGGGAUGCCACUCCACACGAAGCCGGAUCAUCCAAGUCUUCUCCUCAGACCUCUAUCUCAAAGAGUGCGAACGCCACACCUCACGAGCAGGUCACCCAGGAGGCGAGGACAUCAUAUUUCCCCGACACUCCAACGUCCAACAAGGGAAAGAGGGCUCGUUCCACUUCGCCUAAGAUCGGAUCAACGCAAUCCCCUUCACGAGACCGCCGAGUAGUGUCUUUCGCUGAUGAAAUCGAUGAACACCGUGCUUCAUCCUCCUCGCCAGCGAGGGUUAGACCAGUGCGUCCUGUCGAAGAGAAUCUCUUUCUUCGACCAUGCCCGAGGUCUGUACCAGUGGCAGGCCACCAAGAUUGGUACACCAUCUCAGGCUUGUCUCAUCUGAACAUCUGUCCGUCUUGCAUGAACCAGAUCGGCCAGUCGAGAUUCCGAGACUACUUUGUGCCCAGCCUUCCAAAGCCUCGGCACGUCAAAGUUCGCUGCUCGUUCAGCGAACCCUGGACAAGGUUGGCGUGGCUUCAAACGAUCAAGAAAAAGCAUACGGAUCUCGAGAUGCUCUACCAGAUUACUCGACCACCACCGGGAUGCAAACCAUGCCCGGGACGGACCAGUUCCAUGCAGACCUGGUAUCGAGUGGUCGACCCGGAGACAGGAAUGAAUCUUCCCAAGUUCGUGGCGUGCUCUGCUUGUGUGCGCAAUAUUCGGAUCCUGAUGCCUCCUCAUCGGGAUACGUUCCGAUGGAGCCCUCUGGUGCAAGAGCGAGUGUGCGAUCUCGCGGUUGACAGCCCUCGAUUCGUGCGGUAUUUGGAUCUGCUCGAUGCAGCGGCGAACGAGUGUGAAGACAAGGGCCUUUCGGCUCCCGACAACACCGACUUUGUCGAUUACAUUCGUCGCAAAUAUGGGAUUCGCGAUUGCCGCCGCGAUCGACUCGUCCUCAGCGUGUGGCAUUACAUUCCCGAUCUACCGGAGUUUUCGAUCUGCGAGGACUGCUACGACGACGUCGUCUGGCCAUUGGCCGCAGCGCACAAACCAGUGGCGCGAAUGGUGUCGCGGACCGCGAGACUCCUCCCGGGGUCUGGUCCAGGGCGUUGCCGCGAAGCCAGUUGCCAGCUGUAUUCCCCUCGCAUGCGGACUAGAUUCAGGGAGGCAGUGCUGCGCGACGACUAUCAGUAUCUACGGUCCGUGGCCCUGAAGCGGUACGACGCUGAACAACGCUACCGGGAGCGGCAGCAGAAGCUCUUGUACGAAGAAAGUAAGGGCUACGACCGGGAUGCGGAGCUUCGGCAGAACGCGGAGGAAUGGAAGAAGUGGGAGUGA